GUUUUUCUCUUGGCCCGUGGCGGAGGCCCGGUCGUGCGCUCCAGGACGCGGAUCUCCCCGGGUGAGUUCUGGAAGUGGUCCGGAUCGUGUUGAGCCCGACCUCAGCUCGUCAGGACCAGGGUUUCCCUCGGACGCCUGAGUGUCAAGGCGCCAGGGUUCAAGUGGGAUUCUGGGGUCACAAGAAGCAGAGCUGACUGACGGGGAGCCGCAACAGCAGCACAUUUGGGUUAGAAGGAAGAACUCCCGGGAAGACAAAUCGCUUUAGAAAUCGAGUUCCCACAGACGAGUCAGGCCACUGUGCGAGUGGUCAUCUCCUUCCCCAUAAUGCCCGUGGAGACCCUCAAGUCCCCACCGAGGCAACCGUUGAAGAGCGCCGUAGUCGCUACACCCCUGCGCCUGCGGCCGAAGGGACUCGCGAGGCCGGAAUUCAACCGGCAACCCUCCCCGGUGUCGGCCAGGCCAAAGCAGAGUGCCGUGGAGAGACUCGAGGCGGACAAGGCCAAAUAUGUCAAGAGUCAGGUGGCUCUCUCCAAGCAGCAGCCGGUCAACAAGCCUCUCCCGUUGCCAGGCGCUCCCAUCCGUCCCGUCAGGAAAACGCCGACCCAACCGAGCCCGCAGCAAGGUGCCCUCCCGCUGGACCUCGAGCACCUGAGUAACCUGAUUAACGGCGUGAACGAUGGGCCGUCCUCUGCUGCGGUAAGUUCGGAUGAGAGUCAGCCAACCGACUCCCCCGACACCGAACCCAAAUCUCCCACUCCUCCUUUACCGGCUGCUGAAGCACCAAAGCAGGCCAGAGAAGGUCCUUCCUCUGGUCCGGUCUUGUCCAGUCCAGCCAAGGUGAGGUUGAAAGCCUCCAGCCCCGGUCCCGCGGGCUCGCCGGUCUCAGUGACCGUAAGGAGGGUGGAUGUCAUCCCCAACGAAAGGCCGGUGAGGACCCCCAGCAGGCCGCAGCAGUUCAUCCGGCAGCCACUCCACCCUAUGCUGCUGCAUUCCCAGUUUCCGCUCCGCCCGGUGGCGUCAAACCUGCGUCUCCGCCACCAGAAAACGCUGCCUCUGAAACCCGUUCGGGCCCCCUCGAAACCGGACCCAUCUCCGGCCUCUCCGACGGAGGCCCCCGCCAUUACCUUACCCCCUGCCAACAACUUCCUCCUCCCCCCUGCCUCUCCGGCGGUUACCCGUCUGUCAUCCUCCAGCUCCAGGAAGCGCCCGUCACUAACCCGCUCGAAGUCGGACAUGAGCGACCGGUGCUCCCGGGCCGGGACGGAGCUGGAGCGCUUCUUCAACCUGUGCGGUUUGGACCCGUCGGAGCUGCAGGAGCUGACGGCGUCCGGCUCCGACAUCGUGUCCAUGACCCGCUUCCGCAGCGCCAGCGCCCCGGGGUCGGAGUGCGCGGGCUCUGAGCGAGGGGGCGGAGACGAGGAGGAAGGCGCCGACGCCACGGAGCGCGCUCCGUACGGCGUCUCCGUCAUCGAGAGGAACGCAAGGGUGAUCAAGUGGCUGUAUGGACUCCGCCAGGCCAAAGACCACGCCAGGAGCACCAACGUGUAGGAAACCUCAAGGGGACGCACAGCGAAGUGGACUACGAACUGGAGAACAAGUCCGGUCUGCUCGCGUACAGGGUGACGAUGACGUAAUGUGACAACGCCACAGCUGAUGUGGGCUGAAAGUGAUUCAGAAUAGAGGGGUCGAGUCUGUAAAGUGGUGUAUGGUUUAGUGUUGGCCCGAGCUUGCCGAACUAUUUAUUCUUCACCGGGCCCUUCGUGGGUGAGGGAAGUGGAGCUGUUGUCUCGUACUGCCGGUUAAAGUUGUGUUGCUGCUGCUGCUGGUCGACACAUGACUUUGUAAGCGGACAGUAUUAAAGAUCCAAUGAUGCAUGUAUCACCCGCACCUCGUGUCCCUCCUGUAUUGUGUUAUGUUAUUUAGGACAGAAUAAAAGGUCCAGCUCCCCACCCGGCCAGUGAGGAGCAAGG